AUGGCCAUUCCCAACUACACCUACCUCAAGCUGAAGAUGCCCGGCCCCCGUGGUGUCAUCACCGUGCGAUCGACCUUCCAGCGCGCCUAUCAGUGUGAAGUGGACAGCUGCGAGCUCGCCUCGUUGGUCAUCACCUCCGAGGAGCUUGCCGUCAUCAGGUUGGAGGUCUCUAAGGAGGCCCCCGAAUCCAAUCGCAAGACCGGAUCCUUCGAGCCCGCCGAGGGCGUCAAAGAGAUCCUCAUCGACCCCCAGGGGUCGGGGGAGAAAAAUGUGAGGGUCGGCGCGAAGCAGACCCCCAAAUAG